CACGAGGAAAUUUAGCGGGUAAGAAAUUAUCGAAAGUCAAGACAGAUAGUCAAAGCUCCUCUCUCUCUCUCUCUAUCUCUAAAUUGUAUCCCUACAUCCAUAGAUUGCUUUCGACAGAGCAAGAGAGAGGGGGGCGGGACGCGAGAAUCAGAGAAAGGGAAAAUUAAAAGCAGAGAAUUGCGAUAAUCGAGCUUGAGAUUGGAGGGAAAGUAGAGAAAUGGAUCAGAUUUUGAACAAGGUGGGAUCCUAUUGGCUGGGCCAGAAGGCCAACAAGGAGAUCAAUUCCGUCGGUGACGACAUCAACUCAUUGUCCACUAGUAUUGAAGGAGGAGCCAAAUGGUUGGUUAAUAAAAUCAAAGGAAAAAUGCAAAAGCCAUUGCAAGAGCUGUUAAAAGAAUAUAACCUGCCUAUAGGAAUCUUCCCUCGUGAUGCAACUAACUACGAAUUCAAUGAGGAGACAGGAAAGCUUACUGUUUUUAUUCCAACAGUAUGUGAAGUGGGAUUCAAGGACUCAUCUGUCCUGCGCUUCUUCACCACUGUGACUGCGUAUCUGGAGAAAGGAAAGCUGGCUGAUAUAGAAGGUUUGAAGACAAAAGUGGUGAUAUGGGUCAAAGUAACCUCUAUCACAUCUGAUGGAUCAAAGCUGUAUGUUACUGCUGGAAUGAAGAAAUCCCGGAAUAGAGAGGCUUAUGAGGUUUCUAGGGAUGGUGUAAGUGUAGAUAAGUUCUGAAGUGGUUUCUCAUAGCCUUUGGACCUUUGAACUUUUGUUCCAUUAAUUUUUAAGAUUCAAGUACAAAGACUGCUCGUCUCUCCUAUGCUUGCCGCUUAUUGUGGUAAAGCUUUACUCUGUUCUACGUGGAAGGUGACAAUGCCAUGUUUAUAUUAAUUGUAUGGAAUUGGCGCACUCAGUUAAGGGGUUUGAACCUUGUGUAUUGAGAUCUUAUAAAUUGUAUGGAAAGUGUUUUAGUGGUUCCCACAGGCACUCUGUUUUGAUUA